UGCACAUCAUUGCGGUGUUGGUAAAAAAACAGCAUUUUGGUAGUACAUAAAGAGUAAUGGCGGAGCCAAGGUAGCCGUUGCCAUGAAUCCUAUUCUUGCUAGCCAUGUUCCGUAAUGCAUGGAUUGGGGAGGGAUCGGCCGGCCCAAGCCGGUAAUACUCUCAACAUGUAACUGACCUCCUCGUCGAUCCCGCGCUUGUGGACAUGGCAUUCAACCCGGUUUCGCUGUGUUGCGCACCCCGCAAGACGAAAAUGGAACACGGGUACGAUAUACGAUAGGUGGACAAAUGGUGUCGCCAUAUCCCUCAUCCUCAAGCCCAGGUUCUACGAAGCAACAGCUAUUAUCCCCUCAGACCCAGCACACUCGUCAAAAUGGUUGUCUCUCCUCGCUCCGCCGCCCUUUCGGCCAUCGCCUUCGCUGCCGCCGUCAACGCCCACGGUCACGUCCAGACCGUCGUCGCUGAGGGUGUGACCUACACCGGUGGCAUCCCCAGCGGUGCUCCCGCCGACGCUGUUGGCUGGGCUGCUGCCAACCAGGACAACGGCUUCGUCGAGCCCAACUCCUUUGGCACCGCCGACAUCGCCUGCCACAAGAGCGCCACCCCCCCGAGCAACUCGGUCAGCGUCAAGGCCGGCAGCACCAUCACCCUCCAGUGGAACACCUGGCCCGAGUCGCACAAGGGCCCCGUCAUCGACUACAUCGCAUCCUGCGGCGGUGACUGCUCCUCGGCCAGCGCGGGCUCCCUCUCGUUCGCCAAGAUUGCCGAGAAGGGCCUCAACUCCGGCAACAACCCGGGUGACUGGGCCUCGGACGACCUGAUCGCCAACGGCAACGCCUGGACCGUCACCAUCCCCAGCGGCCUCGCCCCUGGCGGCUACGUCCUCCGCCACGAGAUCAUCGCCCUCCACUCGGGCGGCCAGCCCAACGGCGCCCAGGCCUACCCCCAGUGCAUCAACAUCGAGGUUACCGAGGGCGGCUCCUCCACCCCGAGCGGCACUCCCGCCACCUCCCUCUACACCGCCACCGACCCCGGCAUCGCCUUCAACCUCUACGAGGCUUUCGACAGCUACCCCAUCCCCGGGCCCGCUGUCUGGAGCGCUUAGAUGGAUUCAAUCCCUGCUUGAUGGUUUACGGAGAAGCGGGUGGCUGCGGCAAGGUGGUGCGGGUUUUUCUAGGGCGGAUAUUAGAUCUUAUCAAUAGGCUGGUUUUCUUUGGAACGAGUACGAUAGAACGCUAGCAGACUGGUGUGGGCGCUUGGUGCUAGAUACCCGAAGCACGAUGGAGCCAGCUAGGUACCUACAUUACCUACCUUCUACAAUACAAGUCGCGCCCCCGGGCAAGCGACGUAUUAACAACA